AUGCAAAAACAUCUACGAAUUAUGAGGGAAAUGAUGCCCGAAUUGAGCUCUCAACUGGAUGUGAUCGAGAGGAAAACGGGCACACUUUUCACUCAAUCAUCAUUUAUGCAAAUGCGAAAAGAUACUUGUAAAGGCAAUCACCCAGUUUUGUGUCAUGGUGACAUUUGGACGCCGAACAUUUUGUGGACAAAGGAUGAUGAGGGGAUUUUUCGCCUAAAAGUCAUUGUUGAUUGGCAGUUUGUCCAUCUCGGUUCUCCACUCGAGGAUCUCGUCCUUUUCUUUCACAGUGCUCUCUCGGCAGAGAGUUAUCGGAAAAAG